AAAUUUCGCUAAGUUUCAAGCUAUUUUCCUUGACCGAUGUUAGCUCUUACUGCGAAGAAAGAAAAAUAAAUCUUUUUAUUAACGUUUAUACAAACUGAAUAUCAUGAAAUUUAAGCAACAGCGUUUGAAAUUUAGGUAGCAAGUUAUUGGAUUUUUGGCAAUGUUUUAGAAACGUUUUGACAUUCCAGUGAGCAACUUUCCAGCAUUUUACGAGAAAAACAGAGAUAGGCCUGGGAACGACGUUGUAUCGAAAUGUGUGCUAGAGUUCUAGUCACGCAAUCUUUAGAGUGACGAAAGUAAAUAAUUCAUUUAAAUAUAAUAUGGUAAUUUAGUACCUUCCUGAGUUGCCUGUUUACAGCCAAGAUGGCGUUGUUGUCGUUGCUCCUUCUUUCACUGGCAGUCAACACGGCUUCCUCAGCACGGAUUGCUGGCUUCUGGUCAGUCGGAGGGUCACAGUACAGUACUAUGAGACAAAUAAUGGCAGAGCUUGCCUCCAAGGGGCAUGAGGUUGUUUUGGUUGUUCCCUCGUCCAUUAAAAUUAAACCGAGUGAGAAAGUGGAGCACAAGAUUUACCAAGUACCAUACAAGUCAGAGUUCUUCGAAUAUGGCUUGGCGCGACUUGAAAUUGAAGGAAGCAAGUUAAAUUACGUGCUGAAAAUGGGUGAGGUACGGAUUACCAUGUGUGAACGUUUUUUACAGAGCACGGAGUUACAGGAGGAACUGAAAGGUGUCGAUGUCAUAGUUUAUGACUGUCUUGCAGAUUGCCCUGCAACAAUGCUCGGUGAACGCUUUGACAUUCCAAGAGUGGAAAUUCUGCCUCUUCCACUAACCGUACCGUUUGUGUUUAGCCACAUGGUACCAAUGCCUGUCUCUUAUGUGCCACAACUUUUUACGGGAUUUUCCGAUAAAAUGAAUUUUAUGGAACGUGUAAUGAACUUGGGAGCGUACCUCGGAGGAAAGCUGUUCAUGUAUCUUGUGAAUUACAGACCAAUGAAUGCUCUGAAAGUCAAGUACAACAUUAACCCAGAAAGAAGCAUCCAGGAAGCUGUUGGUAACGCUGAACUUCUUAUCAGUACAGCAGAUUUUGCCUUGGAAUACGCACAACCUCUGUUACCAGGCAAUGUUAUGGUUGGACCACCACAUGUCAAAGAUCCUAAACCUCUCCCUCCUGAUUUAGAAGAAUUUGUCAGCAGUUCAGGAGGUCAUGGUUUCAUUAUCGUUUCUUUUGGGUCAAACGUGGCUUCAAAUCUUGAAAAGCCAGUGGUAGACAUGUUAGCUACAGCGUUUGGGAAACUGAAACAGCGAGUUGUGUGGAGAAUUAAAGGUUACAUUCCAUCAUUCCUUGGCAAAAACAUCAGAGCAGUGGACUGGUUGCCUCAAAAUGAUCUUUUGGCUCACAAGAACAUCAAAGCUUUUGUCUCCCAUGUGGGACACAACAGUCUUUACGAGUCGGCGUAUCAUGGUGUCCCUGUGGUGGCGUUUCCUUUGUUUAUAGACCAGCAUACUAAUGCAAAGAAAGUAGAACAUGUUGGCCUUGGGUUAGCUGUGGAUUGGAAAAGCGCUGAUGCCCAACAGUUGUUUGAGACAAUUGAGCGUGUUAUUGAUGAGCCAAGGUAGCUGUAUUGCUUUCUUGUCCAUUACUAGCAGUGGCGGAU